GCAGCCAGUGAGGAGCAGUAAUGGCGGCCGGGUAGCGCCUCACAGCAGCACCGCGUCCGCAUCCAGCCAGCGAGACAGGGGGGCGGGGCCAACAAACCAGGAGAAACAAACAUGGAGGAGCAGCCGGGAGGAGGUGGAGGAGCAGGAGGAGCAGCGGGAGGCGCCGUGGUGCCGCUGCAGCCCGACGAGCCGCCGCGGCCGCAGCAGCAGUACACCGUCCCCGGCAUCCUGCACUACAUCCAGCACGAGUGGGCCCGCUUCGAGAUGGAGAGAGCGCACUGGGAGGUGGAGCGGGCCGAGCUGCAGGCGAGGAUAGCGUUCCUGCAGGGGGAGAGGAAAGGUCAGGAGAACCUGAAGAACGACCUGGUUAGAAGAAUAAAAAUGUUAGAAUACGCUUUAAAACAGGAAAGAGCAAAAUACCACAAGUUAAAAUAUGGAACCGAGUUGAACCAAGGAGAGAUGAAGAUGCCAAGCUUUGAAUCAGACACCAAAGACUCCGAGGUCUCUGCUGUUCCCGCCAACAGUCAGCUCACCUGGAAACAAGGAAGACAACUACUCAGACAGUACCUGCAGGAAGUAGGAUACACGGACACCAUCCUGGACGUUCGUACUCAGAGGGUCCGCUCUCUGCUCGGCCUGUCGGGCUCAGAGCAGAACGGUUCUGUGGAGAACAAGAACCUGCAGCACCUGAUCAACGGGACGGAGCGCCGCAAGGACAGCAAAAGGAGUCCAGGGGACGUCCUGGAGACGUUCAACUUCCUGGAGAACGCAGAGGACAGCGACGAAGACGAGGACGAGGAGGGAGACCUGAUGGACGACAUCAGCACAGACAAACACCACCGAGCCAAGAAACACAAGACCAAGGUGGGGAAUGAAGGCUUGGCGUCCGAGGACGACGCCGACACGGAGGAGGCUCUGAAGGAGUUUGACUUCCUGGUGACGGCGGAGGACGGCGAGGGAGCGGGGGAGGCUCGGAGCUCCGGGGACGGGACAGAGUGGGCGGAGCCCCUCCCGUUUCCUCCCGGCGGGGAGUCCUUCCUGUUGGGCUCAGACGACGUGUUGGAGAGCGUGCUGGGUUUGGGCGACCUCGCUGACCUCACCGUCACCAACGACGAAACAGACUACAGCUACGACCUGCCGUCCAACAAGGAGUCUUCGUUCAGGAAGACGUGGAACCCCAAGUACACGCUGAGGAGCCACUUCGACGGCGUUCGAGCGCUGGCAUUCCAUCCGGUGGAGCCCUGUCUGGUCACCGUGUCCGAGGACCAGACCCUCAAACUGUGGAACCUCACCAAGACCGUCCCUGCCAAAAAAAGUGCCUCUUUUGAUGUGGAGCCCGUCUAUACAUUCAGAGCCCAUGUCGGUCCGGUGUUGUCGUUGGCGAUGACCUCCAGCGGCGAGCAGUGUUUCAGCGGCGGCAUCGACUCCACCAUCCAGUGGUGGAACAUCCCCAGCUCCAACGUCGACCCCUACGACACCUACGAUCCCAGCGUCCUGGCGGGUUCGUGGUUGGGUCACACGGACGCCGUGUGGGGAUUGGCUUACAGCGGCAUCAAGAACCGCCUCCUGUCCUGCUCGGCCGACGGAACGGUGAAGCUGUGGAACCCGACGGAGAAGAACCCCUGCAUCAGCACUUUCAACACAAACAACGAGCACGGGGUCCCGACGUCGGUGGACUUCAACGGCUGUGACCCCGCCCACAUGGUGGCGUCGUUUAACAGCGGAGACGUGGUGGUGUACGACCUGGAGACUUCCCAGAAUGCACUGGUGCUGAAGGGGCAGGGAGAUGGCACGCUCCCAGGGUCCAAUCAUAUCAAUAAGGUGGUCAGUCAUCCCACGCUGCCCAUCACCAUCACCGCUCACGAAGACCGACAAAUCAAAUUCUACGACAACAAGUCAGGUAAAGUGGUCCAUGCGAUGGUGGCUCAUCUGGACGCAGUGACCAGUCUGGCUGUGGAUCCUAACGGGAUCUACCUGAUGUCUGGAAGUCAUGACUGCUCCCUUCGUCUGUGGAACUUGGACAGUAAGACGUGCGUUCAGGAGAUCACGGCUCACCGGAAGAAGAGCGAGGAGGCCAUCUACGACGUGGCCUUCCACCCCUCCAAGGCCUACAUCGCCUCCGCCGGAGCUGACGCCCUCGCCAGGGUCUACGUGUAGACGAGGAGGAGGAGGAGGAGAAAAAGGAGGAGCAGAGGACCGCGGGGCGAGAGACAGAGAAAGAGAGAGACUAGUCUGUUCACACUAACAGUAUUCAGGUCUGUUCAGGUAUCUGAACACAGAUGAUAUAUUAAUGAGGACUGGACACACACACACACACACACACACACACACACACACACACACACACACACACUCUCCUUCAGUGAGGAGGUGCAGCUGUGUCGUCUCCUCCGGCUGACUGAAGACAUUGAGAUGUUUAGCAGCAGAAACGUUGUGUAAACGUUGUUUAAACGCUGCAGGUCGAAACUGAGCAGCUCACCUGUCCUGUGAUGUCAUCACGUCCCCCCCCACCCCCGUCCCAUCAUGAUGACACUACACCCCCCCCCCCCCCCCUCGUGUUAACACUAGUCUGUCCUCCUGAUCAACCAGAGGACGGCCUUAAAGGAAACGCACCCUGAUAAUCAGCUCUCUGCGUCCACUAGUUUGUUUUUCUUCAUCUUCUGAUGAUGAUGAUGAUGAGGAUGACAUCACAUCCAGAGGUUUGACAGCAGAGACGGUUUCAUGUUUUUGGUGUCCGUCCCUCAGAAUCAGAGAGCUUCGUUCUGUGUCCUCCGUCUCAUCAGAAAACACUCGAGCGUCCUGUUUCUCUCUGUCGGUGGUUUGGAUCUCAAAGCUCUGAGGGAUCUGUGUGUCGACGGUUCUCAUCCCUCGUGACGUUCCAGUAACUUUUGGGCUUUUUGUGUUUUAUUGUCUUUGAUAGAGAGACAAUGUCCCGGCUGGACUCAAAGACGUCCUGAAUCAUGGCGACCUCACAAAGCCGUCGGUGGUGCUUUAAGAAGCUGCUGUCAAUCAUCUGCAGUCACAACGUUGGACAACAUAAGACAACUUUAGAUAAAGACAGACAACGUUAGACAACAUAAGACAACUUUAGAUAAAGACAGACAACGUUAGACAACAUAAGACAACUUUAGAUAAAGACAGACAACGUUAGACAACAUAAGACAACUUUAGAUAAAGACAGACAACGUUAGACAACAUAAGACAACUUUAGAUAAAGACAGACAACGUUAGACAACAUAAGACAACUUUAGAUAAAGACAGACAACGUUAGACAACAUAAGACAACAGUGGCAACUGUUUGAGGGCGUUGGAGGACAUAAGACGAUGUCAGGAAUUUAAAGGACGCAAGACGUUAGAGGACAUGAGAGUACGCCAGACUUUCGGGGACGUUAGAGGACCUCAGACGUUAGAGGACAGCAGACGUUAGGGGACCUCAGACGUUAGGGGACUUUAGGGGACGUUAGAGGACGCCAGACUUUAGGGGACGUUGCUAGCUGUUGGUCAGUUUGUAGAUGCUGCUUUUUGUCAAUAUGAGAGAUCAUACCUCAUUACCUGAACGCAGCAUUACCGCUCAGUGAUUCAUUAGUUAAUUCUUUAGUGGUCCUAACGUCUCUUGUUGCUGUCUUUCCUGCUGCUAAGUAAACGAGGGUUGCGUUCAGAGCUCUGCCAAAACAAAACGGUUACUCAAAGUGGUGUUGACACGUUCGUCCGCCAUCAGAAGGUUUAAAUGUCGGUUAAUUGGAGCAACAGAUGUGCUGACGUCAAUGAUUUCACCUCGAUACACAGAUGAAACCGACACCGUGAACAAUGUGGAGCUGCUAAACCGACAAACGUCUCAGAGAAACAUCCCAAACCAGGAAAGAGAAAGGAACGCGAUGCUCAAACUGCUCGUGGCGAAGAACAGAACAUGUGAUGUUUUAACCCGUCGAGGAUUUGUUGUAUUUAAGUUUUUUAAAUCUUAAAAUCUAAAGUAAAGAUUUUCAGAUUGUGACUUUUUUUACCGUGUUUUUAAGAAGUUAGAGAAACUGUUGGUUUUCUUUCUGAAUAGAACGAACACGUCGGGUUCAAAAUCAGAUUUUCUUUGUGUCCGACGAGCUGAUUGUCCUACCCCCACCCACCCCACCCCCUGCACCUCCUUAGCCUCUGGCGGGCCAAUCACAGCCCCGCGUUUAAACCGCCAACUGAGCAGCGAAGCGUUCGGAUGUCGGCGUUACCGUAGUUACGUGUGGACGUUUUCUGUCUGUGUAAAAUAAAUCUAGUUUUUAUAAUCGUUUUUAUAAACGUGAAGAAACGUCUCGUCAACGGCAGCGAGGAGGAUUCUGGGUCGUCGCUCCCGUCCUGUCCUGCAAUCACUCUGGAUCUCAGUUGAGCUUUUAAGGAGGAGGAGGAGGAGGAGGAAGGAGCUCCGUCUGUCCUCGUCACAGACACACAAAGAUUGAGAUUCAAGUAAAUGAAGAGAUCAUUACAUUUUAGAGAACAUUUCUAGCUUCUGGUAAUUCACCUGGAAGUAUUUGGCUUUACAAACUGGUACCUGAACGCACCAUAGGAAACCCUCCUCUUCCCCCUCCUCCUCCUCCUCCUCACAUCACCGUGUGAGUUUUCUCUUCACAUUGAGAACAUUUGACUUUUCGUCAUCGCAGCUCCAACAAGCAGGAGUGAAUUUAUUUAUAUCAUUUUUUUUUUUUUUUUUUGGGUCCUUAUAAGGAAAAAAAGGAACCGGUUUGAGCUCCAGGGGAAACGGUCCAAUCAGACGCCUCCUGGGGCGGGUUUUGAAAACAAAAGCUGCCACCUGAUUGGCUGAACAUCCAGCUCAGAGUUUAAUUUCCUGGUUGUGGUUUGUUUUUAAUUUAAUAGUUUGAGCAGAAGGGAUUUGUAACGCGAGCGUCUCCUGAUUGAUCACAGAUCUUUAUUUUUCUUUCCACCCACGCUACGACUUACUGUGUAACUAAAGACUCUUUUUGUUUGUGUAAUGCAUGAUUAAUACAAUAAAAGUAUUUUUUCUAGUCUUCCAGGAAAAUGGAAAAAAAAAAGUUCUGAUCAGUUUGCGAGUUUUGAUGAGUUUUGUAAGUUUUUUUUGUUUUUUUUGAUUUACAAACUAUGAAACAGCAGAUUUUAAAGAUUGAACCACAUAGCAGAAUACAACUGUUGAAAUGUAUAUAAAAUGUCUAUAAUAACUAUUAAAUGGUGUACCUGUACAGAG